UUCGCAUGCGAAACUCUACAUGCAGUAAACGGAUCAAGGGUGACUUGCUGUAUAAGGUUCACUUGUAAGCUCCCUACGCAGGGUGCUUCAAGGAAAAGUGGCGCCUUUCUUCGAAUGUGCCCUAGAUAAAAAAAAAAAAAAAAAAAAAAAAAACUAGCACGGAUGCUGAAGCCAGAUGUCCAGAGGGUCCCGUCACAACCACAGGACACGUUUUAGGCAAAGCGGCAGACGCGCUAGGAAAGAGGGCUAUUUAAUAAUGUCUUUUAGAAAACGUUCAUAGAAGAUAUAUAUGUAACCAAGGCGUGCUACUGUUAUACGAAGAAGUCAAGCUUUCCUGAGGGAUACUUUCAUAGAAGUUAAGGAUCUACAAAUCUGAAUCACACACUUGGAAAAGGGACUGUCAUGGAGGCUGUCCUUUUUAUCUGUAUCUUAUUGGCCUGUGCUGUGGCAACACAAAGUGUGCCUCCUACAAUACAAGGUCAGACUUCAACAAGGCCUCAUCUGACUGGCUGCUUUUCUCGAGAGCUGAUGACUUUCCGUUGUCAGUGGGAGACUGGAUCCCUCCAGAACCAAACAGAACUCGACGAUCUGAGACUUUUCUACUCAUUAAAAACGGAUUCCAAGAAAUGGAUGGAAUGUCCAAGUUACAGUUCUGUAAGGAAAAAUGAAUGCUUCUUUGAUUCCAGUAACACCAUUAUAUGGUACCCCUACGUGGUCCAGCUGCGUUCACGCUCUCCUGACGUUGUUUAUGAUGAAAUGUCCUUCAACGUAGAGGACAUUGUGUUUCCAGACCCGCCUGUAGGACUGAACUGGACUGUUUUGAGCAUGGGCUCAGAUGGCUUGAUCUAUGAUAUGGUUGUGAGCUGGGAUCCACCCCCAUCUGCUGCAGAGAAUUUGAAGACAGGAUGGAUCUUGCUGGUAUACGAGACGCAGUACAGAGAAAAGGGUUCAGACCAGUGGAACUCAAUGGAUAAUGGCAAAGACACACAGGCGUACAUCUACGGUCUAAGCAGCAACACUGAAUAUGAAGUCAGAGUCAGGUCGAAAAUGAGAGGCUACAACUUUGGUGUUUUCAGUGACUCCAUCUUUAUACUCAUUCCUAACAAAGAAUCAAGAAUUCCUAUUACAGCUGUGUUGGUCUUCGCUGCCGUUGGUAUCACGAUUGUUUUGAUGGUGGUUGUAGUUUCACGUCAACAAAAGUUAAUGGUGAUUUUCCUGCCGCCAGUCCCUGGACCAAAAAUCAAAGGAAUUGACCCUGUGCUUUUACAGAAAGGUCAGCUGAGCGAAUUCACAUCAAUCUUAGGCACCCACCCGGGCUUGCGGCCAGAACUGUACAGCAGCGAUCCAUGGGUAGAGUUCAUAGAGGUGGACAUCGACGAACCGCAUGAGAGCCAGGAGGAGCUCCUCAUCGCCGAUUCUCCGGUCUCUGACUCGCCUCAAAUGUCCAGUAGUUUCAGAGAUGAUGACUCGGGUCGGGCUAGCUGCUGCGAUCCGGAUCUGUCAGAUCACGAUCAGACGGAUCUACAUCACCCUUCAGCCAGCAGCCACGAUGGUUUCCACCCAUUGUCACGUGCACAGUCAGGGCCACAGCAACCUGCAGCCGUCUGUCCACAAGACAAUACGUGGUCAAACAACCUUUACUCACAGGUCAGUGAUGUCACUCAUCGUGGUGAAGUUGUGCUUUCUCCUGAAGAGCAAGAAACGAUGGCGCUAAAGGAUGAAGAUCACAAAAAGAGGAAAGAAAUCCAACAGCUGGUGGUGAUCCCUGACGAAAGAGGCUAUACUUCAGAGUUUGUUGCUGGUGCAAUCAGUGCACCAACAGAUCAAUUACAGAGUCAAGAACAACACGGUGCAUUCAGAGACAUUCAAAACCUGAGCACUGACAUGGUUACAUCCACUCAGUCCAGUGCAUUUCCCAUCCUUGCAAAUCCUACCAGUCCAGAGUAUACCAUGGUAGACAGCGUGGACUGGAAAAACAGUCUCCUCCUAAAACCAAAUACACCGACUGCCCCACAUAAGGCAGCAGUGAAGACUUUUCCCACUCCUGAAGGGUACUUGACUCCUGACCUACUCGACAACAUUACACCUUAACUAAAAGUGGAGCACGCUUGCUCGUUGUGAGAUAUCUGACAUGGUUAGCCAACACCGAACAAGACGUGUGAUCAUGAGAAGGGAAUCUUGAAACAAAGCCAGUUCUCAAGUGUUCUCCAGUGGAAUGGAUAUCAUGAAACAAAUCUAUUGGCAAACUAAUAAAUGGCUGUAUUAGGCGUAUUAGGCUGUAUUAGGAGUCUUUUCAUUAUUCUCCUAAUUUGGAGAGUUAACAGCUUCAGAGGUUAUUUUGAGCAGAAGUAUGUAAGCUGUCAUAAAACAGAUAACUGAUAUUUUAUGAUCUCACACGUUGUAACAGCUAUAUUGCUGCAUCGCUUGUAUUCAUCUUAAGUGUACUACUUACCAAUGUGUCUGUGUAAACUGUAAAGUGCCUACUUUAGAUUAUGAACAUCAGUGUUAAAAAAUAGUGCACACUUAAAUCAAAAGUGGUUUAUGUGAACUGUUACAGGCUUUUGUGCUCAGUGCCAUUUUUCUUCCAUAAAAGACCACACAAGGUGUUUGUGCCAAAAUGAUGUAAAUAUGGUCAAUUUGUUUUCAUGACAAACUUUCUUAGCUGAAAAAAAGUGGUUUUGGGCCACUUUCUAGACAGAACGCUUUUUUUUAAAAUUUUGUCUGCAGGGUUGUCUACUUGUUUCUAUGUUGGAGCCUUGAUUCAGUAUUGUGUAUCAAUGCAAAAAGAAUGUUUUAAGCUAUAAUGUGACUACAUUGUGUAUACGAGGUAUCUCUGAAUAAAUGGCAGCAAUGAA